AUGACCCGGUCCCUGAGCUACGAAACUGGUGGAAUAUUACCCGACAGGAUUUUUUCACGCUUUCGGUACGAUAAACCUCUUUCACCCGAAGCAUUCAAGGCAGCCCAUAAGAUUAUUGAUAGAUGGUCAGAUGUCCAUGAGCUUGACAAAGAGUUUUCCUUUUUGAAGGUCAAGUAUUACCUGUCGAAUGGAAUCUGCCUAUCUGCUAGUGAGGAGGUGAAUGGUGAUUGGAAGUACAUGUAUGAUACCGAGAAGCAUGCCUCAAAAACUGCAGAGGAAAUAAAAAACCCACUGGAUAUAAUCACCCUUCAGGUGGAUCCCAAAGAACAAGAGGACAAAGUGGUCAUAACCUAG